ACUCAUGGUUUUAUUGUGAUCUAGAAUACAAUAAGUAAUUAAUUUACUAAGAAUACAUAUACCAUUACGUUGAAUCUAUCCUGUCUACACACAAUUUUAAUGAACAAAUUCGUAUUAAAUCAUGAUAUAAUAAUAUAUCAUCGAUAACGUAUUAGUGUGAUAUAAUAGUGAAACCUUGCCCAUUCAUAUAGUUUCAAUUCAUGCCAAAUAAAUACUAUGAUUUUCUAUUAAUAUCAACAAUCGGUAAAGAAAUCUCGAAAGAUAUAAUAUCAUUUUUAAAGUAAUAACUAGUCCAAUAGAUAAGAUACAUCUAAAGAUGUAUAAUAUUGAUAUAUUAAUAAUAAAAAAAAAAAUAAAAAUUAAACAAUAAUCAAAAUCAAAAUCUUCAAAUUAACACUCUACCUUAUCGACAGUGCAAUAGAUAGCUGGCGAAAGUUACAACGUUUUUCUAGUAGGUGGUGCAAAUGACAACAACGAAAAACUAUAUACAACAGAUACGAUCUGUAAAAAAUCACACUUUCGAUGGUAGCAACGUAAGAGACAGAUACACCACAGUGUUUCUCACUCAUCGUGACGCCGCGGACAGUGUGGCGUGAUAUUAGGAAUUCGAAUCGAUUGAACUUUGUACAAAUAGUUAGGUAGUAGCGAACGUGUAUCAUAUGAUUCAUACUUUUUGUGCAAUAAGAAGAAUACAGUGCCAAUUUAUUUUUGUUUAUUUUACGAUACAGGAGCCCAAUUAGCGAUCGCUCAAAUUAUUUUUUACAACAUUUAAGAUUGUAACCUCUGACAAACGAAAAAGUUUUGAAAAACAGUAAAUAAGAGUUGUUGCGCGAUCGCUCUUUAUAUCCAACAAUCUUUCUGUCCUCUUUUCUAAUAUACUCUCCUUUUUCCUCUUCUUCAAUCGCACAUACGUUUUUCUUUCCUAUUUUGUUCUCAUUUCACUUAUAUUUGUCUUCUUUCCUUCACUCUCGGUCUUGCCCUCUCACUUGCACCUCUACUAUAACGGAGCCAUUCGACGAAAGAAGAGUGAAACAACACUAUAAAGUCGAGCCGUGAAAAACGCUCGACGAUCAAAGCUCAAAGGGAUGGUACCAAAAUGGACGUGGAUCAUUGUUAAUCUCUUUAUAUGCGCUAUAGCUACGCUACACGAUGAUAAUGCCAAAGCUACUAUAGAAUUAACGGAACUUGGUUAUGAAGAUAUUUGUAAUGAUGCUGCUACUGCCGAAUGGUUAUUCAUCAAUUCGUUGUCAAAUGAGACAACAUAUACAACAUGGGAAGAAAAACAAAUACAAUACGGAAAUUAUAAAAAAAUUCAAAGAGAAGAAAUUCGCAAUAUUUCCAAAAUGAUUCUAAGCGAUCCCUUACUUGCGUAUAAGUAUAAUGUUAUUGAAAAACCAGGUGAUGCUUUAUUGGACAAAAAAGAUUUCGAAAAGCUGGUGCACUUUGCUAGUAGUGCUGAAGCUUUACGAUCGUCUGUUAAGUACAUUGAUGAAACAAAUAAUUAUUCGCGCGAAGGCGUUGAACGAUUACUGUCACAUAAUGGACGUGAGAAGGAUAAACGUGAUGCCUGGAAAUCUUGGUAUCAAGAAUUAAAUCCACUUGUUAGGAAUUUCUCUUACAUUCUUUCGCUCAUUGAAAAAGCUGCAAAAGCAAAUGAUGUGGAUAAUGUGGAAGAAUAUUGGGAAAUGUUAUCAAUAUAUCCAGAAGGUUAUGAAAAUAUCAAAGCAGAAUGGAAUAAAAUUUCAAGUCUUCAUAAAACCGUACUAGAAUUUGUUCGAACUCAUCUAUCCCACAAAUAUGGAAUUAAUUUAACUGAAACUAUCCCAGCUCAUUUACUUGGAUCACUACAAGGAUAUGAUUGGAGUACUUUUUCCAUAGAUAUGUCGCCAUAUUCGGAAAUAACAUAUAAUAUAAGAAAGAAUCUGUGGAAAAAAAAACUCUUUGGAAAAUCUCUAUACAAAGCAGCAUCCAAUAUGGGCAGUAUAUUAUUAGGUCAAGUACCACAAUCUGAUUUUUGGAGUAAAAGCCAAUUUCAUUGGCAUUGCCCACCUAAGCUAAUAAACUUUUGUAAAGAUGGAAUUACACGAAUAUCCACUUGUUUCGAACCAACUAUCGCAAACUUUCUCUUAACCCAUAAAAAUAUUGGAAAAAUCCUAUUUCAACAAAUGUCUGUUCAAAACACUCCAAUUCUCAAUAUAGCUAACAGAUAUUCUGUUUUAGAAGAGGCCGUAUCUGAAUUAUUUGGAAUUUUAUCCGUUAGUCCAGUAUGGUUACAACGUAAUCAUUUGAUUUAUAAUAUAAGCGAUACAGAUCAAAAAAUUGUUUCUUUGAUGAUCACUGCAUUAGAUGUAUUGCCACGGUUAGCAUAUUAUAUAUCUGCAGAUGUAUGGAGAAUCGAUGCUAUAGAAAAUAAUAUUACAGACUCGACAGAAUUGAUAAAAUCUUGGUGGAAACAUAGAUAUGAAUUUGAAGGAAUUAGUGAACCUGAAUCUUCUAUGAAUGUUCCAACAUUUUUAAAUGAUGAAUAUAUCACAAAUAAUAAGCCAUAUCUUUCUAAAUUUGUUGGAGUACUUCUUGCAUUUCAAAUUUAUGAUUAUAUUAUGGAAUCUACUGAAGUUAGAUAUGAUAUUAGUAUCAAAAAAAUAAAUUCAAAUCUAAUAAAACUAAUUCACCAAGGAUCAGCAGAAAAUUGGAUAGAUGCAUUGAACAAAUUAUUUGAAAUAGAUGAUAUAUCAAUAUAUUCCCUUACAUCUUUCUUCUCACCAUUAGAAAGUUUUAUUGAGGAAAUAAAUGAAGAAGAGAUUGAUCAUAAUUUUAAAUCUAAUGGUGAUGCUGAGCUUGAAGAAGUAGAACGAAUAAUUAUUGAAGAAAUGAAUGCUCCAACCACGACACCAACUACAACUACCACAACAACAAAAAUCCAAAGUAACUUAUCAACAACAACAAAAUAUAUGCAGAAAAGCUUUAAUGGUUUUGCAAAAUCUGCGAAACCUAUAGAAUCUGAUUUAUCUUUUAAUAUCCAAGCUGAUAAACCAAAAAGUGAUACAGACUUUGAAACUAAACAAACAACUGUAAAUCCUUAUGAGCAAUCGUUUGACUUCGAUAAUUUAGAAAAUGAAGAUGAAAAGAAACCAAAGAUGCAUACUAGUAAAGCAGUAUGGGCAGUUGCAGCAGUUCUUGUUGCAACAGUAACUAUAUGUAUUAUUGCAAUAUUUGGUAGACAAAGAUGUCGUAAAACAUCUAAAAAUAGGCGCUAUGUUUAACAUUACUAUUAACAAUAUGGCAAAAUAUUUAUUUUUCGCAUUUAGCAUGUAAGUAUCUCUUGACUCAUGUAAGUUAUUAUCACAAACAAAAUCUAUUCAGGAAUAGAUUAAUUUUUUACUUACAAUCUUUCAUACAAACACAUACAUUCCCCAAUUCUUUCUGUUUUAUUUCAAGAAAAGUUUUAAAAAAUUUAACAUAUCUCAAUUUUAUAAUAUAUAAAAAAUAAUUCUAAUUAUAGGAAAAAAUAAAUUUAUAUAUUCAUAAAUCAAUGCUUUUUGCAUUAAAAAUCCGGAAUUUCUAGUAAGAUAUUUCCAUCAUUAUGAUCAUAAAUUUGGGAAUUCCUAGCAUGAACAAAGCAGCUAAUGUUUAAGACAUGAGCUCUAUGCAGCUUAUUUUAUCGUACUGCAUAACCUUUUUUAUACUCUGCUGUGCAUAUAAAGAGAAAUAAAAGAUGACCUUCAAAGAAAUUAACUAUACGUCACCCAUUAUAUAAAAAAACUAAUUAAAACCAACAGGGUAUCUAUGCUAAAAAAUGCUAUGACCUCAAAGAGUUAAUUUAUAACUUCAAGUUACUAUUAUCAUAUAUCUGUUCUCUUAUAACAUAGUCUUAUAAUUAUAGCUUGAUAUUAGAACUAUAAUUUAAGAAUAAACUUUAUAGUUUAUUUAUUAUAUAAUUUCUUCAUUUCCAUUUUUAUUGUAAUUAAUAAUUAAGAAAGUAUAAUCAUAGUUCUUAUACUUUAAUACAUCAGUUCCUUUAUAAAA